AUGUGUAACUCAAAAGCCAAAUUAUGUACAUCAGUUGAAAGAUACAGGAAUCUACUUAUCACAGUAACCCAAAAACUAGUAAGAGCAGCCUCCCCUAACCCUCCAUUGAAUACAGUACAUGUCGUUGAAGUUAUAUCUUCGUUUUUGGAAAAUAUACCAGGGGUAGAGGUUACUUGUUAUGAGACAUCACCUGGCCUUAUUAAUACAAUUGCCCUUUUAAAAAGCAAAAAACCGGGUAGAAGAUUAAUAUUCAAUGGACAUUUAGACACAUAUCCUUUGCGUGAAGACUUAGCAUGGUCAGAAUCGCCUACGAGUGGACUGUUGAAAGAGGGUCGGAUUUAUGGUCGUGGAGUAAGUGACAUGAAAGGAGGUAUAGCUGCUUCUAUGGUAGCUUUCUUAGUUUUAGCCGAAAACACUGAGAUAUGGAACGGAGAAAUAGCUUUGGUUUUGGCCGGAGAUGAGGAAAGCAUGGGCAAUUUGGGGGCUAACUGGCUCAUAAAUAACAUUGAAUUUGCUAGAGGUGAUGCAGUUAUAUGCGGUGACGUGGGGUCUCCAUUAGUAAUACGAUUUGGGGAGAAGGGAAUGUUAUGGUUUGAGAUAACGGCCACCGGGCUUUCGGCACAUGGUGCCCAUGUCCAUAACGGUAUUAAUGCCAUCGACCGCUUAAGGCUUGCCUUGGACGAACUAAAACAUUUAGAAGAAAUGGAAGUGGUCACUCCUUCAGAGAUAGCAAGAGCAAUUGAGACUUCAAGUGCCUUAUCAGAAUCUCUAUCAGGUGAAGGAGAAUCAGAAACAUUGAGAAGAGUUACUGUUAACAUAGGGACAAUAGCUGGUGGUGUAUCCCCCAAUUUAAUUCCAAGUGAUGCACGGGCUCAAGGAGAUAUUAGAAUUCCAGUGGGUCUUUCAACGAAACAGAUUUCUGAAGAAAUCGAAAGAUUGUUGAAACCAAUAGGUGGUGUCAGAUGGAGAUUCACUAGAAUGUUUGAGCCCACUUUCACUUCUCCGUCUCAUGAGAUCAUCACCAAAGCGCUUAAGGCGUCAAGUGAAGUGAUAGGCAGAAGGGCUACCGCUAAUAUGAGAGUGGGCGCUUCUGACACAAGACUUUUCAGACUCUCGGGUAUUCCUAGUGUUGUUGUUGGACUCACUCCGAAUAACAUGGGUGCAGCUGAUGAAUAUGUUGAAGUUGAGGAGCUUGAAAAUGUAUGUAAGAUACACACUUUGAUAGCGUACAACUUUUUAAGUGAGCAGGCUGUCGCCUGA